AGAAGGUGAAAUGCUUUCGGCAGACACUCUUGGGUUGUGAAGAUGGCGGCGGCUGCGUGGCUUCAGGUGUUGCCCGUCAUUCUUCUUUUAAUGGGGGCUCAGCCGUCUCCAUUGUCAUCUUUCGGUGUAGGUCCGGCAUCGGUAGCUGCUGCGGACAGAUCAAAGUGGCACAUUCCAAUACCUUCGGGGAAAAAUUAUUUUAGUUUUGGCAAGAUCCUCUUCGGAAAUACCACUAUCUUCCUGAAAUUUGAUGGAGAACCUUGUGAUCUGUCUUUGAAUGUAACGUGGUUUCUGAAAAGUGCUGACUGUUACAAUGAAAUCUUCAUCUUAAAGACAGAAGAUAUAGAGAAAUAUUUGGAAAAACUUAAGGAAAAAAGUGGCUUGUCUGGGAAAUAUCAGACGUCAUCAAAAGUGUUCCAGAACUGCAGUGAACUCUUUAAAACACAGAGCUUUUCUGCUGAUUUUGUACACCGACUACCUCUUUUAGGAGACAAACAGGAGGCUAAGGAGAAUGGAACAAAUGUUACCUCUAUUGGAGAUAAAAUUGUAAUGCAUGAACCAUUGAAAACGUGGCAGGAUGCACCGUACAUUUUUAUUGUACAUAUUGGGAUUUCAUCUUUAAAGGAUUCAUUGAAGGAAAAUUCACUAAGUAAUCUUUUUACCAUGACUGUUGAAGUGAAGGGUCCCUAUGAAUACCUCACACUAGAAGAAUAUCCACUGAUGAUUUUUUUCAUGGUGAUGUGCAUUGUAUAUGUCCUGUUUGGUGUUCUCUGGCUGGCAUGGUCUGCCUGCUAUUGGAGAGAUCUCCUGAGAAUUCAGUUUUGGAUUGGUGCUGUCAUCUUCCUGGGAAUGCUGGAAAAAGCUGUCUUCUAUGCGGAAUUUCAGAACAUCCGAUAUAAAGGAGAAUCUGUUCAAGGUGCCUUGAUCCUUGCAGAAUUGCUUUCAGCUGUAAAACGCUCACUGGCUCGAACCCUGGUCAUCAUAGUCAGCCUGGGCUAUGGCAUAGUCAAGCCUCGUCUUGGAGUUACUCUUCACAAGGUUGUGGUAGCAGGAGCCCUCUAUCUUUUGUUCUCUGGCAUGGAAGGGGUCCUCAGAGUUACCGGGGCCCAGACUGAUCUUGCUUCCUUGGCCUUUAUCCCCUUGGCUUUCCUAGACACUGCCCUGUGCUGGUGGAUAUUUAUUAGCCUGACUCAAACAAUGAAGCUGUUAAAACUUCGGAGGAACAUUGUCAAACUUUCUUUGUACCGACAUUUCACCAACACGCUUAUCUUGGCUGUGGCAGCAUCUAUUGUGUUUAUCAUCUGGACAACCAUGAAGUUCAGGAUAGUGACUUGCCAGUCGGACUGGCGGGAACUGUGGGUCGAUGAUGCCAUCUGGCGGUUACUGUUCUCCAUGAUCCUCUUUGUCAUCAUGGUUCUGUGGCGACCAUCUGCAAACAACCAGAGGUUUGCCUUUUCACCAUUGUCUGAGGAAGAAGAAGAAGAUGAACAAAAGGAACCUAUGCUGAAAGAAAGUUUUGAAGGAAUGAAAAUGAGAAGUUCCAAACAAGAACCAAAUGGAAACAGUAAAAUGAAUAAAGCACAGGAAGAUGAUUUGAAGUGGGUAGAAGAGAAUGUUCCUUCUUCUGUAACAGAUGUAGCACUUCCAGCCCUUCUGGAUUCAGAUGAGGAGCGAAUGAUUACACACUUCGAAAGGUCCAAGAUGGAAUAAAGAAUAGGAAGAACUGCAGUUGAAGUUUGAGAGUAUCAGGGAAGAGAUCAGCUUCUGGGCCAGUCUUCUACUCCUGCUCUGUGGGGCUAAAGGAUGCAACAACUUCCUGAUCUGUUCCUUGAUCUUGGUGCAUUGGAGCUGGCAAGAGGUGUCAGAACAAGGAGAAUCUUGCUGAAAACAAGUUAUUGGAUGUGAAAAAUCUACAAGUUUCUAAUUUUCAACAUUGAUGCCCCUUCCCCUCCCACACCCUGACACGGAUGUUUAUACAACUUAUAUGUGUUGUUCCUGAACCUUUUGUAAUGUUUCAGUUGUUUAAUCUGUCAAACUAAAAAAUUUAACAUCUUCUAAAAGACUAUGACAUCAAGGUCAUGAUAUGUAAUCUCCAGGAACAACUGCCUGUGCUUUUUAUUUAUUUAAGGAGUUACAUAGGUGAGGGGGGAAAUUGUUAAUUAUCUUUCAGUUUCCUGGGAAGUCAAGGUUACAUCUUGUAGAGAUAGUUUUGAAAAUAAAAGGGCCCUAUUGAGUUAAAGAGCCAUGGUUCUAUCAGUGAUUAAAAGAA